AUGAAUUUCUUCUCCCGCAAGCGGAAGAUGGUGCCCCUGGAAAGUAAGGGUGAUGCCUCAAGCUCAGAACUAAACGACCAAGUAAAGGCAAAACAUCCUGCAAAAAACCUAAAAGGAGACUUCGGGAAGGGGGACCACCAUUUUUGGGCAUAUAUUUAUGAUAACGGACACACGUCACUCCUAAAAGUUGGAUGUGAUUUCGGGGAUAGCUGGACAAACAAAUACACGGACUUACCUAAGGGAGCAUCGGCGGUUACAGGGGAUCCUUAUUACGAUGGCGUUCUUGAUGAAUUGGACACGUUUGGUUACAACCGCACUAUGCGCCUCCAUAAAAGCCGCGGCUGUAGCGUCCUUCUUGCGUAUUCCAUAUACCGGCAGAACAACGUCGCAAUCAAAUUCCUAAUCAAAAACCUCAAACGGAAGGCCAGAAAGGGAGGUGGCAUUUCAAAUAUGUUUACAGUUGACAUUCCAGAUGAGGUGAAGUUCUUGAAAGAAUUGAAACAUCCUAAUAUAGUUGAACUUUACAAUGACCUUUGCAUACGCGGGAGAGUACUAAUGAUCAUGGAAUUCUGUAAUAACGGGACUUUGGAGACCGUAAUUAACGCGAACCUGAAUCAUAAAUCGGAUUUCCUGACGGAGGUGGUCGCUCGGAGGUACUUUCGACAGAUUUUGGAAGCAGUGAAUUAUAUGCACCAUCAAGAUAUAGCACAUCGUGAUCUCAAAUGCAGCAGCUUUCUGCUUGAUAGUCGCAAUAAUAUCAAACUUAGCGGAUUCACAAUGGCGCUAAAGUUCCGCGAUUUGGACGCAUUGCUCUGCGAAAAACUUCCGCUGUCGUCAUAUAGUGCCCCGGAAUUAGUCUACAUCGGAUCAAAUUUCGAAAACGCAAUGGAGUCCUACGAUGUGGGAUGUUAUAACCCGAAAUUAACAGAUAUUUGGGCAAUAGGUGUCACUCUAUGUUACAUGACAACUGGGAGAUUACCUUAUAAGGUGACAGAUCAAGCAGACGACAAUGAAAUCACCCUUCACCGUAUGGAUCACGGAGUUCAGUUCCCGGAUGACAAAAUUUUACCAUUACACCCAAGUCUAAAGGAGUGUAUUAAAGGAACACUUCAAUUGAAAGAUACAGAUAGAUACAGCCUCAACAGAAUGAAGCAUUGUCAUUGGAUGACGCUAUCAGAUGACGCGGUUGCUAUUGGCAACUUCUACAAGCUGCAACAACCUCAGAAACUUGGCCAAGGAGCUAAGGAAAUGCAACUUAAAUUUGAACUGGGCAUUUAAUAAAAACAAAACAUGACAGAUGACAUGGUUGCUAUGGCAACAUCUACAAACUACAUCAACCUCAAUGACCUGGUGCUUCAGAAAUAUAACUUAGAUAUGCUAUGCAUUACAUCCUCAAUAGACUUUCUUUUCCAUAGAUUUUGCAGUUCACAUUAAAAGUGAAAAUUUCAAAGUGUUAUAAGGUGUGUUGUGCCACAUAAUUUAUUACAGAAAAAGGUUAGCAUCUACUUUAUUCAAUGGUGAGAACUGCAAAUUAUUUUUCCUACAUGAGAUACCAGUUAGAGACCGAGUUCCUUUAAACACACUGGCAAUAUCAUGUUCUUUUUAAACACAACACUCACAAUAUUACCUUACUGGCCUUUCAUAACCUGGUUUUCUAUAACAUUACAAUAAGAGCAAAUUGGUAACAGGAUCAGUAUGGAUUUUAUACAAUAAGAAGUAUUGUCUUAGAAAAUAUCAUUACUAUUGCUUCUCAUUUACCUUUUAUUGAUUAAUCCACUAUAAAAGCUACAAUCUAAUUGAACACAUAAAAAUUGUUAAUUAAUUUAUCCGUUUGUGCUUAUUGUAUUAUUUUGUGUCUUAUUCGUCAAUGCUCGAUUAGUUCUUGUUUUCCUUUGUAAGGUUAUAUUGAGUUUCCGCACACAGUCAUGAUUGAUAUUUGUGUUUUAGCAGAACGCUCUUUGAUCUCCACAUUAAUAAAUUAUUUUUGAGCACAAAGAAAAUAUUGAAGAAUUGUUUUUUUGUUUAUGUAAAUCAAUUAUCUGGCCUAAAGAAAACAAUAAAAUAUAAUAAAAAUCGAUUUGUUUUAUUUUUCUGGUAUUUAUGUCAUUAUUGAUUUCCAUUUUGUCUUUACACAGUAGUGACAUCUUUUAAUACUUGUUCAUGAUAUAAACAAAGAACUCAUUGUUCUUACACAGUUACCGUAUUGGUAAUAGGCAGAAAGGGGCCCACCAUCUGAAGGAAUCAAAGAUUGAUCAUUUUACAAAAAUAUUAAAGAUCGAAUUUUGAUAGCAGUUCCACAAGAUAAGAGAAUUUAACAUGUAAGUGAAUAUUGAAAUUCGUAAAUCACAUUUAAUGAGUUUUCCAUGUUUUACAGUAAGUUUCUGAAGACAUCUGACGUGAUCUUUGACAAACUGAAAUUUUCCCGUAUUCUUUCCUAAGAGAUUUUGAUUGGUUGUUGCCAAGGGGCUCUCAGAGGCCAUUGUCGAGGAAAUAUAAUUGUCUGUUGUCUAAGUGACAGUUGUCAAAGGUCUCUUUCUUAUUGGUAAUUGUCUAGGAUCUCAAAUUGGCUGUUGUCAAGGAUUAUCAUAAUCGUCAUCUUCGCGUUUCCGUUUCAGUAAACUUGUGAUUGCCCCAGACUGCUGACUUGGUGUUAGUUGGGACUGUACAGGGGGAGUCCCUCCUAAAAUUACAUUUAUAAUAUUUUGUCAGACAGGCAGAUGAAGGGCUUCUCUAUUUCCCUAUCUUAA